GAGGCAGGGGCGGGGUUUGGUGAAACUAAAAUAAACACCAACAGGCAGCAUUUUGUGAGUAUGUGCAGCCUCAGAAGGAUAGACUGCAAUAGCUAGAAGGGCAAGUACAGCUUGAAACCUUUAGCAAGAUGAUCAAAUCCUUCAAGCAAACUUUUCUGUCCCUGGAUCUGCAGUCCCCGCGAUGGAGCUCAGCAGAUACGAUGGCAAAGGAUUAUGAACUGCGUCAGUAUGAGACGGCGAAGUGGGUCAGCGCAGUCAUCAGGGGAGAAACCCAGAAGGAGGCAAUGCGCCAAGGCUUCUGGAAACUCUUCCACUACAUCCAAGGGAAGAAUGAUAAAGAAAUGAAGAUUGAUAUGACUGUGCCAGUGACGUGCCUGGUAAAAUCUGGCUGCACAGACUUCAAGAUCUCUUUCUUUGUGCCAUUUGAACACCAGGACUCCCCACCACAGCCCACUGACUCCGAUGUGUUUGUUGAGGAGCGGAAAGCAGCAGCCAUCUUUGUCCGGUCCUUCGGAGGAUUUGCCUCCCCAGAGAAAUAUGCUGAAGAAGCUGAAGUUUUGGCCAGAAUCUUAAGAAACAGAGGCCAACCAUUCCAUGAAGAUUUCUUCUAUACUGCAGGCUAUGACAGUCCCUUCAAGCUCUUUAACAGGCACAAUGAAGUGUGGUAUUUUAAAAAGUAAUACGGUGGGUGGGAAUAUUAAGAGGCUACUAAUCAGCUCUGGAUGAAAACAGACCUUAUUAAUGGCUUUUGCUUUAGUGCAGAAGAGAUUUAAUUUGCACAUGGACACAGGAUCAUGUCUAAUUCAUUUUCUCUAGGAUGAAAUACUAUUCUGGUUAAAAAGAUUUCAGCUCUUUUUACAAGAUGUAAUUUAAAUUCAAGUCAAUUGUACCAGCUGGAGUGGGAGGGAAACAUGACAAACUUAUUCCUCUUACUGAAAGGUUCUAGGGAACACUAAUAAUCUCAAAAUAUUCCCACAGAACAGUUUGAAUGCCUAGUUUUACUUCUCAUUAGAAGUGCCACAGCAAUAGCUCAAGUGUUUUGGAGAAUGGGUUCUUCAUGGAGCAUACCUUUCCCAUAUUGCUAUCACUCCUGAGACAACAGAAAAAUGGGGGAAAUUAGAUUUUUCAGAGAAGCUUACCAUUAAUGAGUUCUGGGAGGCAGCAAUAUUUUAGCAGGCCCCAGUGCCUCAUAAGCAGUUAAGAUUUUUCUUUAAAUAGUAUUAUUGAGAUCCCCCACCUCUCUGCUCAACUAUUUCCCCCCACCCUCACGGAGGCUGGAUGCUGUCUUGCUCCAGAGUAACACCAGUGACCAGAUUAGACAGAGUCCAGUGGAAAAGGGUUAACAGUGUCCAAACUGUAUGCUUAUUCUGUGCAUAUCAUCUGUGCCUGAACAUGUAAUACCAGACUUACUGGUGGGUCUGUAAUUUUAGGAGCAAAUACACAAGCAGAAGUGUUUAGUUCUUAACUGUUCUGCUUUAAGUUCUGCGAAAUACUAAUUAUACUUCAAUUACUUAGAUUCAUCCAAAUCUUAGAACUGACCAUGUCAACUGCAGUCUGCAUACUAGCAAUACCUGACAUUUAAGACACUUGCAGAACUAGCAUAUGAACUAGUUUAGUUCCUGCUCUACAUCAAGUAUUUGAAGCUUUUGUAAAGUAGUCUAGAGCUGAUUUACAGCAAGCUGUUCAGGUCAGAAAGCAGUUCACAACAACAUGUAGAGUUUAUAUAUUUUUAUUAGUUCCAAUCAGUACCAGGCAAGCAUUACCAGCAUGGUAAAAAACUUUACCAACACUGUUCCUGGAAGUGUAAUCCAUUAUUCUGCAAUCUUCCACCUAUUAAGACAGACAUAAGAACCACCAUAAGACACACCAAACCAGCACAAGAAGCUUGCUGGGAACAACUCAGACCUUAGAUUUUCAUCUCUGUUCAGUGAGAGAGUUCAAGCUAAGGUUAUCAUCAUUUGUUCCAACAACUGAAGUUUAUUAUUAGAGUUACACUCACCUUCCUCUGUUCAUCAUACAGUAGUUUCAAAGUUGCCUCCUCACCUAAAGCAAGAAAACACAGUUAACAUAUACAAUAACACAACUGCUAAAAGCUCCCACAGCAGCUUUGUAACCUCAGAAAGAAGUGGAACGGAAAUUGUGAUAUCACUGUAAUUCAUUUGGCAGAAUCAAGUUUCAUCAGUGGUCACAAAUACUCCCAGGGUUUUUUUAAACAUAAUUUAUCUGAUACAUGGUCUUACCCAAAUGAAGUUGCAGACAGCACAGUCCUUUCCUGAGAAAGAGAAAAGUUUCAGAAUAAAUAAGCUUGCAUAUAGUGAUGUCUGUUAUCUAUGAAAUUCUACCCACCAAGCUAGUUUUACCUACAGGGAGGCUGCAUUUCAGCUGGCAACUGACAAGAACUUCAACUACAACACCCAAAUAGGAGAUACAAAGUUUGCAAACCCUAACUGAAUUGAAAAUACAGAAAUACUAACAUUGGAAGAAAUCAGGGAAAAGCACAAAGCUACUACUUUGUGACACUGUCUCUUCCCAACCCAAAGUUGUAUUCAAUGUGUUUCAAUACUUAAAAUACAACUCCCAUAUAAAUCAUCUCAAAGAAAUCUACCCUUAACAGUGAAAAGUAGUCUGUUGGAGGAAACAAGUUUGUACAGCUAUCACUCAACCCUAAAUUGGUGUCCAGCCAACAUAACCAAGAUUAGCAAAAAUUACUGAGUAGUGACAACCACAGCAUAUGGAGUUAGUGUUUUAAUUCAAGAGUGCAGUGUUAUAAUGCCAGCUCACAGCACAGCCAGAUACACCAGGUGUUAGUUAAUGCCAGGAGUUACAUUUGCUGCUGUGCAUCCUGCUGUACUACAUUAUCAAUACUGUAUUGGGAAAGUGGUCUCCACCAAUUCAGUUCUUUUACUAUUUCCACUGUGUGAAGACAUCAAGCAAUAAAAACCCAGUUUUUAAGAGUCA